UUGUAUUGCGUGUGUAUAAGUGAGAAUAACACAAUGCCCGCAGGGGCAUGUUUGGCCACCAUUGAUUUAAAAGGAAAAUUGUUAUCAUUAAAAAUCGAUGCAGCAACCAAACAGGAAACUUGGCUGUAAAAGAACUGAAGGCAAGUCACACUAGUGAAUAUUUAAAAUGUGUGAUACUCGAUGUCCUAAAGGAGUAUGACAUUGAUUUUAACAAUAAUAACCGAUAAUGGAGCGAAUAUGAUUAAAACAGUGAAAGAUUUAAAUGCAGAACUACAAUAUUCCCAGGAGGAAGAUGAUUUUGAUCAUGUUAAUGAAGAACACUGUGAUACAAUGGAAUUAAUUCAAACGCAUUUUUCAUCCUUCAAUAUAACUUGUAUUCGCUGCGUAGCACAUACACUCCAACUUUGUGUGCAAGAUGUCUUAAAAACUGGAAACCUGCAGAUCUGUAAUAAAAAGAUUGAGAAGUCCAACGUAUGCCAAUAUUUUAAAAAAUAUGAACAGCACAAAACCAAUAAUAGACUGCAUAACGAGAUGGAAUUCAACAUUUGGUAUGAUUAAAAUUCUGUUGGAAAUUAAAGAUGUCAUAGAUCCACUAAGCAUUGAAAAUUUGAGUAUACAUAUGAGUCCUGAUGAAUGGAAUUUUGCGAAAGAAUUUACACAAGUGUUUCAACCCAUUUAUAAUGCUACAAUUAAACUACAAACUGUGCAGUUAUAUUUCAGCGAAUCAUACAUUAUUAUAGUGGAUAUAUUAUUCGAUCUUGAAAAUUUAAAAAUCGGGUCAAAUGCCGGAAUCACUUUUAAAUUCUAUAAAUAAAAGAAGAAGUAAACUGUUUGACGUCGACCUAUUUAAUGCAGCUAUAUAUUUGGAUCCCCGAAUUAAAAUUUGCUUGGAUUCAGAGCGCAAAGAAAAUACAAAGAGAUACAUAUAUAACCAGUUUAUAUAAAAGAAUAAAUUCAAUUAAAGAAAUUGCGUCUGAAGUUGUUAACCAGUGUGUGAUAGAUGAAGAAUCGCAAUCAACAAGUACCAAAGCGAAAUCUUUGACAGAGUUUAUAAAGAACUGGAUCGAGAUAUAUACCUCUGAAACCAACUUGCCUUUAUUAACGGAAUUAGAAGUCAGUUUUAUGGCGUAUGAACGAGAACAAAGGUUACCCCUGAAUGGCAAUAUUCUAGAUUAUUGGUGUACUAAAAAAGUCCAUUAACAACUUUAGCCGAAAUAAUAUUGGGAGUUCCAUCUACGCAGUGUAGAACGACUUUUUUCUGCUUUAAAAUUCAUAUUAUCAGAUCAGCGUAAUCGAUUGACACAUCAUUUAAUGUAAAAAACAU